AUGGUUCGGUGCUACUCAUUCCUCUUUUUUGGCUUAAUAGCCACAAGUACCGCUGCCACUGUUGCCCAGGUAGCAGAUGAUAUUACAGCGCUCAACUUGAAGGUAAAGAAAUUGACGAAAACGGUCAAUGCAUAUCAGGGUGGCUUUGUGGGCGCAUUACCACAACUCAAUGCUCUUGUUCCUGUUUAUCUAUCGCUCCUCAAGGGUGUGGCAGACACAGCUGCGCUUCCACCAUCGGUGUCCGUCACAGAUUCCUACACCAUUAUUGAUCUGGUGAAUUCCACGCUUGCGGUCGACAAUCCGAUUGCCAUCGAUGCUCUUGUGGCAAAGAAGAGCUUGUAUAAGGCGGCUGGAUUGAAUGAUUUUCUUGUCGCAGCUGUGGGUUUACUGGAACUUGGACACGAAAGUUUCACGUUAAAUACAUUGAAAAGGGUUCCGCCAGAGGCAUCGGCGGAUGGAAUCGCGGUUACAGAUGUUAUUACGAAUGCUCUGCUAUAUGGUAUCCAUGUGUUCGAGGCGAAUUGA